ACAAAGGGCUCCCACGGGCUGCUGGAGAUCGCCCGCUCCCUUGACUCCUUCACGCUCUCUCCGGAGGCUGCCGUGGGGCUGCUCAAGGGCACCGCGCUGGUGCUGGCCAGGCUGCCCCUGGAGAAGAUCGCGGAGUGCCUCAGCGAGCUCUGCGCCGUGCAGGUGAUGGCGCUGAAGAAGCUGCUCUCUCAGGAGCCGAGCAACGGCCUCUCCUCAGACCCUACAGUGCCCCUGGACCGACUCGCCGUCAUAUUUAGGCAUACCAAUCCCAUCGUAGAAAACGGGCAGAUCCACCCGUGCCAAAAAGUCAUUCAGGAGAUCUGGCCCGUGCUGUCGGAGACCCUGAACAAACACAGUGCCGAUAACCGCAUCGUGGAGCGCUGCUGCCGCUGCCUGCGCUUCGCCGUCCGCUGCGUGGGCAAAGGCUCGGCCGCGCUGCUGCAGCCGCUCGUCACGCAGAUGGUGAACGUGUACCGGGCGCACCAGCACUCCUGCUUCCUCUACCUGGGCAGCAUCCUGGUGGACGAGUACGGCAUGGAGGAGGGCUGCCGGCAGGGGCUGCUCGACAUGCUGCAGGCGCUCUGCAUCCCCACCUUCCAGCUCCUCGAGCAGCCCAACGGCCUCCAGAACCACCCGGACACCGUGGACGACCUCUUCCGACUCGCAGCCAGGUUCAUCCAGCGCAGCCCCGUCACCCUGCUGCGCAGCCAGGUGAUGAUCCCCAUCCUGCAGUGGGCCAUCGCCGCCACCACCCUGGACCACCGGGACGCCAACUGCAGCGUCAUGAAGUUCCUGCGCGACCUCAUCCACACCGGGGUGGCCAACGACCACGAGGAGGACUUUGAGGUGCGGAAGGAGCUGAUCGGGCAGGUGAUGAACCAGCUGGGCCAGCAGCUCGUCAACCAGCUGCUGCACACGUGCUGCUUCUGCCUGCCCCCCUACACCCUGCCCGACGUCGCCGAGGUGCUCUGGGAGAUCAUGCAGAUCGACCGGCCGACGUUUUGUCGCUGGCUGGAGAAUUCCCUGAAGGGCUUACCGAAGGAGACGACGGGGGGAGCCAUCCAGGUCACACACAAGCAGCUGACAGACUUCCACAAGCAGGUCACGAGCGCCGAGGAAUGUAAGCAGGUCUGCUGGGCUCUGAGGGACUUCACCCGCCUCUUCCGAUAGCUCCGGCACCGGCGCGGCGCCCAUCUCCCAGAAGACAGGAAACGAAGAAAACGAGAACGUGUCCCACAAUCAGCAACCUUCGUCGCGGCCGAGGGCUUUCACUCGCUCCAGCGCGUCCCGCCAGCCCGGGCAGCCGCCGCGUGCCGGAGGAGGGCUCGGCGCGUCCCGCGGCUGCGCCACGGCCCCCAAACAAGAAAACAAACGGGGGAAAAAAUACAAAAAAAAAUAAAAUACAAAAAACAAAACACACGAAAACAAAGCCACCAGGAACCAGAACCACCGGCAGAACACGAAUUUGCCUGGCAGCAAAACAAAGAGUGCAAAAGUAGAAAACUUUCUGUGAAAUGAAAACUAAAGAAAUAAA